CAGUCACCGACUACCGGUAUUUUCUGAUGUAAAAGUCGCUGCACCAGCUCACGAGCCCCCUCUUUAAAUCCAGAGAGGGGAGGGGGGGGGGGCGGGGGCGUAUCCUGCCCGCUUCACUCCCUGUCCUGCUACCAUCGCGUGGCUCUGCGCUCCAGAUCCUCUGCUGGGCACAAAACAAAAGGCCUUCGGGGGAAAGGAGAACUGGGAAUGUCGACAGCUUGGAACUAGGCGCAGUCGGCACUGCACGCGCACACGCCGCAUCCUGGCCGCUUUCGCCCGCCGCCGCGGACCUGAUUUGUGAGCGCUAGCACCGCUCCCUUCAAAUUUUACGCCGGCGACGGCAAGUGCAGCUUUCGCCGCCACGACCGACAGCGGUGGGGGCCAGGGAAAAGAGAGGACGCGGUUUAUAGAACUUCAUUUAAAACGUCACGAAAUAAGCCUAUAAUACAUACAGCAGGCUGCUGAUAUUUUUAAAGCGCCAAGAGGGAUCUAUAUUCGGUAAGACCAGGAGACGCAGUCAAGGACGAAGAGCGCAGUGGUCGAGAAGAUGUCAGAGGCACAGGCCCAGCAGGAGAGGCUGCAGGUGAUAGCAGAGAAGAAGAAAUGGCAGAUGGAGGUGGAGAAUAAGAAGAGACAGUUGGAGGAUGAACGCAGGCAGCUGCAGCACCUUAAGUCUAAAGCUCUGCGCGAGCGAUGGCUGCUGGACGGAGCGCCCUCUGCUGGCCAGGAGGAGGGCGGGGCGCGGAAACAGCUGCAGGAGGACGAGGCCAAGACCCGGGGCCUGGAGAAGGCCAUCCUGAGUCUGGAGCAGGAGCUGGAGGAGCUGGAGACGGGGGUGUCAGCGACCUCCACCAAGGAGGGCCGGGUGGAGAUCCGCAAGGAGGGUCCAGGCAGGCUGGCAGACGGCCUGAAAGUGACUCCCACAGACUCGGUCAAAGUGGUGCAUGAGAUGCGUGGGACGGACUCCGCCCUGGAGAGUGGGGUCAGGCUCCUGAGCUCCUCAGAGGUGGAGGAUCUCAUCCACAAGGCGGACGUGGCGGACGCUGCGGGUGUGGCCGAGAAAGUGGGCGUGGCUGAGAAAGAGGGUGUGGUCGAGAAAGAGGGCAUGGCGGUUGAGGGCAGGGCCUCACCUAGGGAACGGGAGGGGGCAGCGGCGCCCCCUGUAGGGGGGGUACAGACCCCCAGGAAGGAGAUCACGGGCCUGCAGUCCAAACCCGCGGGAGGGGACGCCCCCGGGGUAGUGGGCGGGGCCACGACGGAAAACCCAGUUUCCAUGGUGUUCAUGGGGUACCAGGACGUGGAGGACGAGGCCGAGACCAAGAGGAUUCUGGGCCUGGAGGGCACGGUGAAGGCCGAGCUGGUGCACAUCGAGGACCGCGCCCCCAAGGACCAGCCCGCCCCAUCCAAUGGCAGCGCUGCGGAGGUCAGAGGUCAGGAGGUGGGGGCGGGUGCAGGGCCAGGGGCAGACCAGGGGGCGGACCAGGGGGCGGACCAAGGGGCGGAACCCCAGGUCGAGGAGGCGGUGCUCAACGGCAAGGAGAAACGGCCAUGCAAGUGCUGCUCCAUCAUGUGACUCACCCCCCACCCCCCCCCCCCCCAACAAGGCCUAUGGCGAGUUUACCGACAAACUGACUGACAUAACAAAAAAAACACAAAUAAUGGGCGAAAAAUAUCUUCUGUGUCUUCUCGCUGAAUUUUAUUUAGCAUUUUCUGGAGCAUUUUUUUCUUGCAACUUUUUUUUCAACCCCCCCCCCACCCCCCCACCCC